AUUCCAACCCCGCUUGAGUCGAGUCAGAGGAGGGCAGCGCCAGCCAGUUAGCAAAUAGCUACUAGCAAUGGCUUUUCAUAACAACACCUCUGCUCUUCACUGCUGUCAUCUGAACACCAUCCGCCAGUGUUUCUGCACAUAAGGACCUAACCGCCGACAAUCAAUCCAGCAGAUUUGCUUUGCGAAAGAGAGCGCUUUUCUAGUCAGUAUGCGAUGGGGACAGACAGCUGUGGAUUUCUACAGGCAUCUUUGCAGGCGGCUGCUGCUGAAGCAGAGGAUGCUGCUAGGCUAGCGAGCUAGGCCUUUACAUCCCACAUGAAACUUUCAAUACUGCACCAGACAGCAACAUUUCAUUCAAAAUAUGAACGAUAUUUGCUCUUAAAUGAGAGUUUGAGCAAUUCAUCAGCUCUCGUUUAGCACCAGACCUCCGGCGACCUGUGUGCUUUUGUUUGUUGAUAGCUGCUAGCUAGCCGAACAUCGGAGCAGCCAAUCCGCUAUCUUGUUAGAUUAUCGACCAGUGACCAGUUUAAUUUCUCCAGGACGGCUUAAGGACAGCAGAUAAACCCGACUGGAUUUGGAGAAAGCGAGAACUGUUGUCGGGUUGUGUGUUCAUGCUACAUUUCAGCAGUGUGAAUGUGGGACAAAAUGGAGACCCCGAAGAUUCUGUACGAUUUGGACACGUCUGGGGGCCUAAUGGAGCAAAUUCAACAGCUGCUCGCACCUCCACGCUCCGAGGAUGGAGAGAAGAGACGCAAACCAGAGAGGGAGACCAGAAGAGGAGGCCGAGCCACAAACCAUGACACCUGUGACAGCUGCCGUGAGGGAGGAGAUCUGCUCUGCUGCGAUCACUGUCCGGCUGCCUUUCACCUGCAGUGCUGUAAUCCGCCUUUGAGCAGAGAGAUGCUGCCCCCUGGUGACUGGAUGUGUCAUCGCUGCAGUGUGCGCAAGAAGAAGCGUGAGCAGAAGGCAGAGCAGGUGAACGGGGCGCUAGAGCGGCAGCUGUCCAAGCGGUCGUCCUCCCCUGCGGCGGAGCUGGAGCUGGGAACGCUGCGUCUGGACGGACUGCCCUCUGCUGCGUCAGGAGGCCUGAGACUCGCUGUCGCACAGGUCCGUCUUCUCGAGCGACGCACGAGUAGCCGUCCUGGAACGCCCACUUCCAAUGCGUCCACUGACACGCCCACACCAUCGGAACAGAAUGACGUGGACGAGGACCUGAUGGAUGUUGAAGAGGAAGUGCACUGCUCUGAGUCCGAGAGCACCACGCUUCGCCUGAAGAAACCUUUUCAGCUGCUGAUCGCUGCGGCCAUGGAGAGAAACCCCACGCAGUUCCAGCUGCCCACUGAGCUUACGUGCACCACUUCACUGCCAGGCAGCAGUAAGCGCAGAAGGAAAGAGGAGGCAAUAGGCAAGAAUGUAAAAAGGCCACAACAUGAGCUGGAUCCCAGUGGGCUGGUCCCUCUGCCAGUGAAAGUGUGCUUCACCUGUGGCAAGAGCUGCAGGGUGGCUCCUCUGAUCCAGUGUGAUUACUGUGCGCUCCUGUUCCAUAUGGACUGCCUGGACCCGCCUCUCACUGCCAUGCCCGCUGGGAGAUGGAUGUGUCCCAACCACGUAGAGCACAUGGUGCUAAACCAAAAGAAUGUGACCCUCAGCACACGUUGCCAGCUUUUCGAUCAGUUCCAGGACCGAUUGUCCCAACACGCAGUCAAAGUGGACUUUCUGCGGUGGGUUCACCGCCAACACCAUCCCAAUCGCAGAGGUGUCCGCCGCAUCAAGAAAAAGACAUUGAAGGUCCCCAAUGCCAUUAAAAGUCACUACCAAAACCCCCCUGUGCUGAUGGAUCAAAUGGGCCUUCGCAAUGGAGAGCUGGUCACAAAUGGUUUUAUGGAACAGGAAUGUUCUUCGUCUGCCCAACAUUUAACCAGCAAAGAAGAACAAGAGGAGUGGCUUCGUCAUGUCAUUGCACUUCAGUGCAGUAUUAUGAAACAUUUAUCUGCUAAGCAGAUGUCCUCUUCCCUCCGGGCUUUGGAGCUUACUGAUAUGUCAGGCGUGAAGACGCAGGAGUGUAUGGAGAUGCAGGAGAUCAGCGGUACACCAGUUGGCCCCCGGGGGGCUACUCUGCUGCCCUCUCUGGCACCCAAACAGCCCGAAAGCUGCCGAGAAAGAUCUUGUCAGGGAGAUUCUGACAGUCCAGCGGAGAAGGGCACAGGAGUGAAUGGCCCGUUGGUGUGUGAGGGUAAAUCUUGUAUGACAGCUGAAACCCCACACAGACUACAAACUCCACUCUCAGAACCAGCCCUGCCCAACCAUGUAGACAUAAAGACCGAGAGCAGCAGUCCCCUCAGCUCCUGUGUGCAGAGAGAUACUCCUUCAUCUACCAGCCUUGCUUCAGACGCGUCGGCCCAUCAUCACAGCUCAGCUGUAGGGAACGCCUCCUCGGGGCCGAACAGCAGCUUCUCAUCUCAAACUAAAGAGAACAAAGUGAGCCCUGAUGCAAUGUCUGUUGGGAAAGGCUCGACGCUACCCUCCUCUAUAGGCAGCUUAUACAGCUACAUCAAGAAUGUGGUUCAAGGUGACGCAGAAGUUGACAUGAAUAAGCUGGAUGAGGAGUUGAUCAGACUUCUGGCCUGGCAGAGGAUCCAGCAGCUGUUGUCUCCCAAAUCACUUCAACCCUCGAGUAAAUGUGGGAUUUCUCCAGCCGUCGCUGCCUCUCUGCCCAAACCCUCCCCACACACUGAAGUACAAAAAAGGGAAGUGCAAGCUCGAGCAGUACUGUGUCCUUUAACAGGAAAAGGGGCAGCUAUCAACAUGUGCUAUAGGACUCUCUACAUAGGAACAGGUGCUGAAAUGGACGUGUGCCUUACAAACUACGGUCAUUGCAAUUAUGUUUCUGGGAAACAUGCCUGCAUCUUUUAUGAUGAAAACACGAAGCAUUAUGAGCUUCUGAACUACAGUGAGCACGGGACGACUGUAGAUAACGUGCUUUACUCGUGUGACUUCUCCGACAAACCAAACAUCACUUCACCCAGUGGGCUUGCGUCCAAAGUGCAAAACAGCAUCAGAGGCAACAGGUCGAGGAAGCCGCUGGGGGAGGUGUGUGCGGAGGCGGUGCUGAUGCCCGCAGGUGCUAUGAUGAGCAGCCAGGCUCAAGGAGGACCCAAGUCUCCCUGUAACUGUAAAGCCAGCAGCUCCAGCCUGAUAGGAGGCAGCGGGGCCGGCUGGGAGGGCACCGCAUUGCUUCACCACAGCAGCUGCAUCAAAGUGGGCUGCAUGCAGUUCCUAUUCAGCAUCACAGAGUUUACUAGCAACCAACCCAAAAAAGAGGAGACAUCCACCACUGUUAGCCAAGAAGAGACUGAAGUGGUCGACGCACAGACUCCCAAACUCCACCAAAUGCCAGUGCUACAGUCCAAGUCUGUAUCAUAACACAUCCUCUCCUUAAAAAAUACAAUGGACCGUAAAUGCAGUUUGGAUAGAGGAACUUUGAUAAUGCGGUUAAUUCAUUCAUUUGUACUUUGGGUGCUGGGUGUUACGGACAAAGUGUUUGCACAUUACAUUUCUAUCAUUUUUUUUUUUUUUAUGCAAAACCUUUUGACUGAGGAGCAGAUGUUCGAUUUUCCCCUAAACCUCUCUUGUCGACACUACACCCUGUAUACUUUGUGUCAGUAUAAGAGGUUUUUAUGUACUCUUUUGAACAAUAUAUUUACUCCAAAAUAUUUUAUUUUGUUAUAAAAAUGUAUUGUUCUUUUUUCUGCAGUUUUUUGCACACUAGGUAACUAUAUGCAGAAGUGCAUACAUGUGCAAAUACCUUUGUAGGAUUUAUUAGCAGAAUCAUUUAUCGUUCUAGUUUUCUUCUGGAACUGUCCAUUUCUCUGUAGUGUUAGAGCCUCGACACAGCCUUGGUUGUGAAGUUCAUUUGUGUAUAAAGCUUGUUGUUCAACUAAAGUCGUCUUUUGGUCAUGUACAUGUGACUGAAGUGUCAUUUUGUCAGCAAGAAAAUUCUGACAUGUAUGUCAUUACAUUGUAAAUAUAUAAAGAUUUUUAAAUAACAGACCAUUUUAUGAUUUUUGUGUAUAAUAAAAGAUAUUCUGUCAUUUA